AUGGACAUGCUCAAAGCCCUGGAGAAUAUGGCACAGACCAGCGCAACAGCCAAUACUUAUGCAGACGUAGAUCGUUGGAUGCAGCUUUUUGGAUACACAGCUGAACAAGCGGAAGAAGCAAUCGAGACGCAUUUCCAGAAUCUGUCUCACAUUACCAUAUCGGAUGAUCAUUGGGGCCUCGUGCGCGAUACCAUGGAGGCUCAAGGCCAUGAUCAGGAGAGCUAUGCCCAUUACAUUACGCAUUUCGCCUCGAGCCCAUCCAUACAGCAGCAUCUUUGCCCGACAAACUCAAGUACAAAGAAGAAACAUGCCGAAGAAUACCUCAUCGGACUUGUCCGUGGGCUGAAUGCGGUAGACAUUCAAACCAUUGCGGGACUCUCACAACCACUAAAGAUAGUGCGGAACGACACAGGCAAUAAGGAUUUCGCGGUCGUGGAUGCCGCAACAGUCGCCGCACUCAGGAGGGCGCUUCCAGGGCUUGUUUUUGUCCCACUCCCUGGAUCUGCCAUCAAAGAUUUGUCGGACAUUUCAAUAGCUCCCACACUUGGCGUCGACGCCACGCUCCCACAGCGUCGCAUCAGCAACGUGCCGUCCCCCCGUCAGAACGAACAUCCUGUGUCAUACUUCUUCUAUGGCACUUUGGCGGAUCCCGAUAGGCUGUCUAGGCUACUAGAUCUGGACUGUGAGCCCUCGCUUAGCGCUGCAACCAUCUCGCGAGGCAGCAAGAAGAAGUGGGGUCGUUAUUAUGCCCUUGUGGAUGGGUUGGAGCAGGACAGUGUCCAGGGAUGGCUGUACAAAGUAGCUAAUAAGGAGCAUGAAGAUGAGCUUAGGAGGUACGAAAGUAGCAACUAUGAGGUGGUCAGGUGCGAGAUCGAGGCUGGAGGGGAGGUGAUUUCUGGUUUGACGUUCAGGUGUUGUGGCGAUGAGAAAGAGCUCUCCUAA